CCGAUUCAUAAACCAAACCUCAUUUAAUUCAAAAAAAAUAUGGCUUGCGAAGGUUCUGGAUAUCUAUAAAUAAGUGGCAUUCAAGUGGGGAAGGUCUACUCUUGCCCAACCUGUCUAGCAUCAUAGCCAUGCGUUGCCUAGCUUUCUUCACACUCUGCCUGCUUGCUCUUCUGACCCUAACUGUGGGCGAGAAGGAGAAGACCUAUUGCCUAUGUGAUCGCAUCUAUAAUCCUGUUUGCGGAUCGGAUUCCGUGACCUACAGCAACGAGUGUGAAUUGGACUGUGAAGUUGAAAACGGAGCCUCCAUUACCAUUAAGAAGAGGGGAAGCUGCUAGGAAACGGAGCAUGGAUCCCACUGGAUCAUCACUGGUUGUGAUGAAAAGUGAAUAAAUCGUUAGUAUGUGAAAAUAUCUUAAAAAUAUCUAUGCUCCUGGUAUCGGACGAAUCGUUAAAGCUUAAGCUGUGUUUAUACAAACGGGUUUGUUUUAACAUUCUGUGGUAAAAAUAUACACGGCUUGAAUGUCAAACUCAAAAAAUUUCUAAAA